AACUGCCAAUGUCAUGUCACAGCUGAUUACCUAUUUAUCUGAUUUAAAUUCCGUAAUUUUUUUUAUAAGUUUUCUCUCUCUCGAAUGAUGUAUAUACGAAAUAUUUGUAAAAUUUACUUAUUUCUUAAUACAGCUUAACUUUCUAUUAUAAAAUUUAUUUCCUAAACAAAAUAAUUUAAGACCCCGCAUUAUUUGAGGUUAUGAUUAGCUAAAUUCAAAAUGUUGCUUUUAAAUAAUGUGUUACAAUUUUCUAAAUUAUUCCUAUGGACACAAACACGCCAGUAUAGUAAUAGAAACAUAUUAAAAUUAAGUGAACGUGGAUUGUAUCAAGACAUUUUUCCAAACACUGCAGCGUUCGAAAUAACCAGAUUACUGAAUAGGUCUCCACAAUGUGUUUAUGCUGGCUUUGAUCCUACAGCAAAUAGUUUGCAUGUAGGCAAUCUUCUAGUCAUUAUAAAUCUAUUACAUUGGCAACGCGGUGGACAUAAUGUUAUUGCAUUGUUGGGUGGUGCAACAGGAUACAUUGGGGACCCAAGCGGGAGGAGCACAGAUCGUAUUGCAUUAGAGCCAGAGGUAAUUCAAGAAAAUAUAAGUGGUAUAAAGAAAAAUUUAGAGGUAGUAUUUGAAAAUCAUCAGAAAUAUAUUUGGCCAAAAAAUGAAGAUGUCUUGAAACCAUUAAGGAUAGUAAAUAAUGAAACUUGGUAUAGAGAUAUAAAUUCAAUAAAGUUUGUGAGUGACAUAGGACGAAACUUCAGAAUGGGUACAAUGUUGCUAAAACAGAGUGUGCAAACUAGAAUUAAUUCACAAGUGGGGAUGAGUUUCACUGAGUUUGCAUAUCAAAUAUUCCAGUCAUAUGACUGGCUACAUUUGUUGAAAGAAUAUGACUGUAGAUUUCAAAUAGGUGGAAGUGACCAGAUGGGGAAUAUAAGUGCAGGACAUGAACUUAUCAGUAGAACUGCUAAGAAAGAUGUCUAUGGUUUAACUUUACCUCUUGUCACUACUGAAGAAGGUGAUAAAUUCGGAAAAUCAGCUGGAAAUGCUAUAUGGCUAAACCCAGAAAAAACAAGCCCAUUUAGUUUGUAUCAAUAUUUUGUUAGAACAAAAGAUACAGAUGUGGAGAGAUUGUUAAAGCUUUUCACAUUCUAUAGUUUAGGAGAAAUAAAGGAUAUAAUGUUCAAACAUAAACAACAUCCAGAGCAAAGGUAUCCACAGACAUGUUUAGCUGAACAAUUAACCACUUUAGUACAUGGGGAGGAAGGCUUAGCUAAGGCUCUUAAAGCUACUGACGCUUUAUACAAUAAAGAUGUGAAUGCUCUUGUGGACUUGAGUUCUGUAGAGUUGGAGCAAAUGUUCCAGGGUGCACCUGUUGUCACAUUGUUGUUGUCUCCUGGUAUUACCAUUUUGGAACUGGGCAUGAAGGCAAAGUGCUUCCCAACAGAAAGUGAUGCUAUGAGGAUCAUUCAAGCAGGUGGUUUUUAUAUUAAUCAUCAAAGAAUGAAGAAAAUUGAUGAAAUUGUAACAGAGUCAGCUCAUAUAUUACCUAACUUAAUAUCAUUGUUAAGGGUAGGUAAACGAAAUUAUUAUAUUGUAAAAUGGCAAACUUAGUAAACACAUAGUAUUUAAUUAUUAAA